GACAGUUAUAGUUAACUGAAGGGUGAGACGUGUGGGUGUACUGUCCAACAAUUUCCCGAACAUUUAUACAUUUUCUGGGAUUACCAUGCGGAGAGAAGUUGAUUUAUUGAGAUGUACGUGAUUUAUUGAGAUGUACGUGAGUUACCUGCUAGAAAAGGACACCUGAAUGUACUUAAAUUCCGUGAGAACCCAAACCCAUACUAUGAACAGUCAGAACUUCAUGCAAUAUGCGGAUUUCACCGGGUAUCAUCAAAUCGAGGGGAUCAGUGACCCGCAUUCCCAGACCACAGGUGUGUGGAACCCGGUAUACGCAGCUCCGCGGGAGGAGUGGUCGCCUUAUAGCCAUAGCGCGGGGUUUCCCGGUACGAGCCCUGCUGCUGAACAGAUACGUUUUAAUUCCCCGGAUCUGACAUACAUCCAGGCUCAAGGCCAGGGAACUCAUCCGAGUUUUAAUGCAUCCGCCGGCGAGUACUCUCCUGACUCACAGAGAAGGAAUUCAUACGACUGGAUCAGACGCAGUUCAUCCAGCACAGGAGGAAAGACGCGCACUAAGGAUAAGUACAGGGUGGUGUACACAGACCAGCAGCGCCUGGAGCUGGAGAAAGAGUUCCAGUACAGCCGGUACAUCUCUAUCAGGAGGAAGACAGAACUGGCCCUGGGCCUCAGCCUCUCAGAGAGACAGGUGAAGAUCUGGUUCCAGAACAGACGUGCCAAGGAAAGGAAGCUAACUAAGAAGAAGCUGCAGGUCUCCAUAACAACACCCACCCUGACCCCGCCCACCUUGGCUGACCCCGGCAACUGCACCACGGCAACCAACAGCAGUGGCUUGCUGUCGGAGACAUCUUGAAUGACUUUCAAAGAGGAAUACUGAGGAAUCCCUGAACCAUGGACAUACUGAACAGCAACGGAAUAACCAUAAAGCCUGUAUUCCCGUGACAAUCACUACAGAAGAAGCAGUUGAUGUCAAUGACUUGAUAAUGAAAAUUCUACUACUGUACAUGUUUCUUUCACUGAACCCUUCUAAGGCUACUGUUUGUGUUUUGAUAUCGGCCUGCACAUUACUCGCAUAAUGCAAGUAUGUAUAAAUAUACAAGUGCCUUAUUUGAUAACUGCUUGACUUGAUAUUUUCUUAAUCCAAAUAGUUAGUAACAGAAAACUGGUCAUGUUUUGAUCUGAAAUGUUUUCUUGUUGUUGAUAUUCUCUAUUUAUUUUGAAAAGUUUGAUUGGUUUUGAGGUACUGUGAAAGGAAAUUCAGUUAAAAAAUAUUGAGAAGCUCAGCAAGGGUAUGUAUGAUCAUAUCCUGGUCAGAGAUCUGCAGUGAACGUCUGGUACAAAAUCCCAAGAAUCAUUGAAAACAAACAAGUGUAUUCCACCAGUGGUAAAGAUUUAGGCUAAAAAAAUAUGUAUUUACAUAUUCUAUCAGCACUCCUUUUGUUUGGGCAGUGAAAGUCAGUCAAGGGUUUUAUUGCUUGUAUGUACAUGUUUGUCAAUAGUGUUAACACGCAGGGUGUGGAGGGCAAAGUUCCAAUUCCUGAGCAGCUUGAAGGGGAAGCUUGUAAUGUCACCCAGAGAUUUACCUUUGUACAUUGUAAAAAAUAGAAAAAAAGUAUAUAUACACCGACGGGUGACAAAUUAAAGGAAAAAAUAACAUAAGGAGUCUCAGUGAGGUGCUGGGCCACGAGCCGCCAGAACAGCUUCUAGGGGCUGUCGACUUGAUAUAGACUCUAUGAGUCUCUGGAACUCUACUGGAGGGAGGGAACAUCAUUCUUCCAAAACAAAUCCCCUUAUUUGGUGUUUUGAUGAUGGUGGUGAAGAGCGAGGUCUAACAAGUUGGUCCAAAAUAUCCUAUAGGUGUUCAGUUGGGUUGACAUGUGGUGACUGUGAAGACCAUAACAUAUGAUUCACAUCAUUUUCAUACUCAUGAUCCCUUUGUCAUCCUGAAAGUGACCCAAUAAUGUACUCUCUGUAACACUUUACAAUAAGGAUACAGUAAUAAUCAUUAUUAAAUGCAUUAAUUGACAUGGAUCCAUGA